AUGGACCCAUCAGCACCCAAGGGAUCCCCGUCCCAACCGCCUCCGGGCAGCCGCGACACCACCGGUAGCGACCACAACCAACACCGAGUGCGCUUCGCCCAGGGAGAGCCACAGGCCAGCUACACAAUUUACCAACCGACCCCUCCCCGCGAACAACCUCACGCCGCCGCAUCCGUUGCCGCGCCACCCGCUGUGUAUUGGGAUAAUAAAAAGAACGACAGCGACAAAGAGAGCGAUGCCAAUCUUGCGGGGUACACGUUCUACCGGGAGGGAACACCUCCGCCGCAAGACUACGACGGCCCCGGGAAGCGAUUGGGCCGUGGCGGAGGAGCAGCGGCCCCGAUAGGCGAGAGCUCGACUGUUGGCGGGGGGACAAUACGCAGCGAUGGCGGCCACAGCAUGGGGCCCCUCAACCCCCUCGAGACCACUAACUGGAGCCUUGCCGACGGCAACGAGGCGCCGCCAACCAGAAGGAAGAAAGUCCUGUGGGCGAUCAUCGCCGCUGUCGUCUUUAUCAUCAUCGCCCUUGGUGUUGGCCUCGGAGUCGGCUUGGGCGUGGGCUUGCCGAGGGAGAAAGGGGCCACCGCAGACGCUGUGGAACAGUCCUCAAGUUCAAUAACGGUCUCGGGGUCCAACAACAGCCCGGCCCCAACAAACCCACCAACUACCACCCCUGACGGCACUGGAGGCGCCGCAGAUACCACAACCGGGGCGGCCGCCGCCCCACGGCCAACCUACAACUCAGAUUGCCCUGCCCUGAACAACACACUGUACAACGUUCCAGGUUCUACCAGGAGCUUCCGCCGGCUCUGCGGCAUCGACUACAGCGGCGAUGACGCCACUGACAUUGCCCACGCCUACACGGAAAGCAUGACCGACUGCAUGAAGAGCUGUGCCGCCUCUGAUCAGUGCACAGCCUGUGCAUGGGGCUACCUACAGGGGGACCAGGGCGAUAGGCACCGCUGCUAUCUGAAGAAGGACCUGAAGGAACCUCACGCGGCAGCGAGCGAUUGGUGUUUUGCCAUUUUGCAAUAA